AUGAACGCGCGUAUUUUGAACGCAGAGAUCGGUGUUGCGCUCACGUCCUUUGGUGCAUUGUUCAUGCUCCUCGGAGUGAUGUUGUUCUUCGAUGGUGCACUAUUAGCGCUGGGAAACGUCCUCUUCCUAGCCGGUCUGACUCUGAUCAUCGGGCCCCACAAGACGUUUUACUUUUUCGCUCGAAAGCAGAAGCUGCGUGGCACAGCGUGCUUCAUUGGAGGCAUCUUGCUCGUGUUCCUCAAGUGGCCAUUCAUCGGCUUCGUUGUGGAGCUAUUCGGUUUCCUCAAUCUCUUCGGGGACUUCUUCCCGGUGGUGCUUACUUUCAUGCGACAAUUGCCGGGGAUAGGGCAUUUCUUGUCCCUACCGUACAUACGGGAUGUGAGUCGUUUCUUCUAG